AUGGAUGACGGUGCGGUCGCCAUCGUUCGAAUACCCCAUCCAAAUGCUGGUCCGUCACGAUACACAAAUGCCUCAGAAGUCGCUACCAUGGAGCUUGUUGGAUCGGUUCUUCAAAUCCCCGUUCCUAAAGUUCUGGCCUGGUCCGCGUCUAUCAUUGUGGAAGAGGCCAAAGGCAAGCAACUGACGCAGCUGUGGGAGCAAAUGGAUUUGGAAGAGAAGAAAAGCAUCAUAGAUGACAUUGUCACCAUUGAGCAGAAGCUUCUCUCUAUCUCGUUCACUAUUGCGCACCGAGAAAUGGCAUACAUGGGCAAAGCUUCUACAUCUGGUGCCUCAGUUUCCGGCUAUGUGAAGUUGUCCCAAGCACAGUUGUCACCACAGGAGCAUACCCAGCUAUUACAGAGGUAUUUUGCUUCAAUAUCCAACCUCUUUCCCAAUGAUCCAGACCUACUUCGUUCAGUGUUAUGGCAUCCUGACCUUCAUGACGGCAACAUUUUCAUCCACGAAGGGAAGAUCUCAAGCAUUAUAGACCGGCAGUCCGUUUGGACCGGACCCUUAAUGUUACAAGCUCGAACUCCCAGACUGAUCAAUUACAAUAUGGAUAUAAUAUUAAAACUUCCAGAAAAUUUCAAGGAACUUAAUAACGGCGAAAAGGAACGGAUUAGAGAUCAAGUUUCAAAGUCUAUUCAACUGUAUAUCUACAAGCACGGAACGGGAAGACGCAACCCGCUACUAAACAAAGCCCGAAGGCAACCGUUUGGCAAAACUUUGGCUCAACUUUCUGAGCUGGGUACGACGAACCCGUGUCCCUUUCAUUUUUCAGAAGACGAGAUUCGGCAGCACCACGAGGACGGAGAGGGAUUCAACGAGACGCCGGAUUUCUGGGACUCAGUGGAAGGAAUUGUGGAUAGAAGUGGUUGGACUAUCCCCGAAAAUUUCGAUACUGCAGUGGACUACUUUUCCAAAUUACGGGAGGAAGGUCUGCGCACAUUAACCGGAGAGGAACGUCGGGACUUUGAAUUACAAACUCGUUGGGUGCUUCGGACAGUGUCGCAAGGCAAACUAGCUUGA